UCCUGAAGCUGUGCUCAGUUGUUUAGUAAUGGCAGGAAAGUGGCAUUCGUUGUAUUUCCAAACACUAUGUGUUUUGGUCUGUUCUUUUUUGCAGUGCUGUUCCUCAAAGAGGUCUUCCAGCUCAGUACCCUCAAGCUCUGAUGUUUCAGCAACCUGGCCAGCAGUUUCAACAGUCAGGACAACCACAAUCUAGUCAGCAGGUUCCUCAGAAGUUUCAGCUUCAGCAGCCAGUGGCUGAGGCAGAGCCCCGUGACAAAUGUACUGUAGCUGAUUAUGAGCAGAUCCAAUGUGGACAACCUGGUAUCAGUGGAGCUGAGUGUGAAGCUAUCAACUGCUGCUUUAACGGACAGCAGUGUUACUAUGGGAGGGCUGUGACUGUCCAGUGUAUUAGAGAUGGUCAGUUUGUGGUAGUGGUGGCUAGAGAUGUUACGCUGCCUCGACUGAGUCUGGAUUCAGUCCGUCUAGUGGGUGGAAAUGAACCACCUUGUGGUCCUGUGGAUUCUACUCCUUUCUUUGCUAUAUACCAGUUUCCUGUGACCGCAUGUGGCACGAGCGUGAUUGAGGGCAGUGGAUAUGUGGUGUAUGAAAACAGAAUGACCUCCUCAUAUGAAGUAGGCGUUGGCCCAUUUGGUUCCAUCACAAGGGACAGCCAUUUUGAGCUUCUCUUCCAGUGUAGGUACUCUGCUACUGCUGUGGAAGCUCUGGUUGUGGAGGUCAACAGUGUUCCUGCACCUCCACCAGUAGCUGCUCCUGGACCUCUCAGAGUGGAGCUUAGACUGGCCAAUGGCCAAUGUGUCACCAAAGGGUGUGCCGAAGGGGAUGAGGCCUACACGUCCUACUACGGUGAUUCUGAUUAUCCCGUCACAAAAGUCCUGCGGGAGCCUGUGUAUGUUGAGGUGCGCAUUAUGGAGAGGACUGACCCCAACAUUGUCCUGAUGCUGGGACGUUGUUGGGCGACAUCAACCCCCAGUCCACUCAGUCUACCCCAGUGGGACCUUCUGAUUGCUGGAUGCCCUUACCAGGAUGACCGGUACCUGACCACACUGGUUCCAGUGACUGGAGCAUCUGGUCUUCAGUUCCCAACCCACUACAAGCGAUUUGCUGUGAAGAUGUUCACGUUUGUGGAUCCGGCAUCACUGGCUCCUCUGCAGGAAACCAUCUUCAUCCACUGCAGUACAGAGGUUUGCCAUCCCUCUUCCGGCUCUUGUGAUCAAAGCUGCGCCAGGAAAAGAAGAGCUGUUGCUGUGAAGAGCGCCACUAUUGGACAUGCUGUGGUUUCUAGUGGAGAAGUGAGACUGACUGUAUGAUUGAACAGUCUUUUAAUAAACCAUAGGACCUUAAAA